AUGCCUUGUUCUUUUUGUAAAAAGAAUACAGUUCACUUUUAUAACGCCGUCUACGAUGGACAUUGUUAUCACCCUGGAUCUUUACAACACGAAGGAGUUGCAGUAUGUAACCGUUGCUAUGAGGAAGUACUUAAGAUAGUGAACUUUAUAAACAACGACCUACAGGAAAAAUCCAUAUCCUAUCCAGCAGAUACCAAUUGGGGGGGAAGAUUGGUUGAAGAGAUGGAGGACAGAGAAGGUUUUCAUAGCGACUUAGCUGACGCAUUUAGGAAGGGAAUUCCCUCAGAUAUUCAAGUGAAGCCUAGCAGUGGUCCUUCUAUAGGGUCUCAUAGAAUUUUGCUGGCAACAAGAUCUGAAAUAUUGAAAAACAUGCUAAAAUCGGAUUCGGGCAAAGCUGCACCAGAAGACUUUAUCAAUCUCCCAGAGUUCAAUCAUGAAGAACUUGACACCUUUUUGGAGUUUCUUUACCGUGGAGACUUGCCUACAGAAAGUUUCAGAAACAUUGUUGCUCCCUAUUAA